AAAUGUGCCACCAUGAAAGGAUUUUUCUCUCUCGUUGUAAUGGUCUGUGUAUUAUUUAAUCGACAUUACCGUGUUUUGAGUUUUCCUCCUCAGAAUAUUCCAGGAGAAUACAAAUCAAAGUCGCAUCUUACGAUAAAUAUAUACGGGAUAUACCUUUCGACGUAUAAUUUUUUAUUGAGGCAUAAUCUUGCUAACAGUACUGGGCGAACACCGAGCGAAGCAUUAAAUGAGUUUUUUGGAAAAGACAGAGACUCUCAGACCCACUUUAUUCAGAAUAUUUUUGCCAUUACCAAUUAUCAAAACGAGGUUCAAAGAGAGUUGGCCGAUAAAGCAUAUUACCACGUUAAUGGGGAGCAGAUAGUCCUGGCUCAUAAUCACGUGCGGUCUUUAAGGAAAUCUUUGAUAGACCUUUCGAAAUCAGAAUCUCUAGCAGACAUUGAAAUACUGAGGGAACGAAUAGGACAUUGUCUCUAUACAAUCCAGCAGUUCUACAGUAAUACUAACUGGGUAGAGCUAAAGGGUGACGCUAUUCUAAAGGAGUUCGGUAUAAAAGAGGUACUACCUGAGGAUGUAAAUGCUCUCUCAGAAGAUACGUGUAAUAACUGUCCUACAGACUUGGAAAGCAUUCAAAAUGGAAUGUGCAUCAACAAUACCAUAACAACUAAAUUAACCAGUGGAUACAGAGCAGGGCAAGAUGUAUCCAAACCGCUCAAAAGUGAAGGGCAGACAGGAAAAUGUAGUCACGGUUCGCAGGAUGACACAACCCGACUUAAGACAGCCACGGGUGGUAUUUAUAAGGGGAGAUCAUCCGCUGCACAUGCUCCUCACUUCCACUUGCACGAACAAGCUUUUGAGGCCGCCAAACAAGCCUCUGUUUAUUUUUUAUCACAUGAAGAUGACGGCCUUUUCAACAUGCUAGGAACUCACCUAUCUACAGAGAUAUUCCAGAUCAAAUCAAAUUCAGGAAAUAAAGAAAUUAAAAACUAUUCAAUUGCAUUCGUCGUCGACGUUACUGGAUCAAUGGCUGACAAUAUAGAGGGACUAAAGAGAGGAACAAUGUCAUUCGUGAGCGCUAUAAAGAAAACAGAAAAUGUGCCAGAGAAAUAUAUUCUAGUAACAUUCAGUGAUCCAGUUCAUCUUGAAACAAGCCGAGUAACAGCUGAUGGAGACGAAAUGGUUGAUUGGUUAAACAAACUCUCUGUUAGUGGUGGAGAUGACUGUCCCGAAUACAGUCUUUCUGGUUUAUUAACGGGGGUAACUCUGUCUAAUCCGAACUCACCCGUUUACAUUUAUACGGACGCGCCUCCCAAAGACCCUGAAAAAGAAGCCGAGGUUAUAAGUACUCUACUGGAAAAGAACAGUACAGCAAAAUUUCGUCUGCGCAAUGAAUGUGGUCGACGAAGACGUGCAAUAGAAAGAUAUAAGCGUCAGUCUUCUGUGUAUGAUCGUAUAGCACAAACAACGGGUGGCGAUGUUCAAAGGUUUUCAUCGUCGUCGGAGUUAGCUUCAAAGGUUGAAGAAGAUUUACUGAACGAUUUGAAUAUUAUCCAAAGUAACUCCACCGAAACCUUGAACACGGGUAAUAUACCAUCAUCUACAUCUAUAAUCAAAUGGGGAACCAUCGGCCGAGAUGACACUGGCAAUUUCACAAUUGAAGUUGAUAAUUCAGUAUAUUCUCUGUACAUUGAAAUUAAUGGAACAACAAAUUCAAGUGACAUACAACUGAGCAAUCCAAACGGUACAUUGGUUUUACUUGGAUCUAUCGACAAAAAUGUACAACAAACAGGUUUACUGAUAUCAAUUCAGUCCCUAGAAAAAGGAAAUUGGAAUCUGAAGAAAGUUAGUGAUAAUCAGUGGAAUGUGACUAUCACAUCCAAUAGCUCGUUUGAUAUUACAUCAUCUUUACUUGAGAUGUCAAUGGAAGGCAUCCCUUUCCCAGUGAAGGGAAACCCUUUAUCGGGCAAAGAGUAUUUAGUUGUUACAUCACUACAAAACCUCCCCACAAACUAUACCGUGACUUACCUCAAAUUGGUGGACGAAGCAGGAAGGACCAUCCGAGAAAUGAAUGCCAGUCUUCUCAGCUCCUCACCAAGUCUCCAGUAUUAUGCCAAAACAAAAAUUGUCCAACAGGUAUCAGGAAUUCAGUUACAUGGUACAGAUUCUAUUGGCCAUCCUUUCGUUCGCUCCGUUAGACAUUCCAUCAAUCCUGUAGACGUAUCCCUCACAAUGCGCCCUUUUAUCGGUGAUCUGCCUCUUUCAAAAUUGGAAACAAUUCCAUACACAAUCACCAACCAUGGUGCAGUCAACAAAACUGUUGUUGUGACAGUGUCUGAUGACAGGAGUUUUAUUGUCGGAAAUAGAUCCAUAACAUUAGUUAUUCAGCCAGGGGAAAUUACAGAGGAAUCGUUUAAUAUAAGAGGAACAAUCCCUUCGACUAUUGUUACUUUACAGAUAUCGGUGCAGGAGAAAGAAACGUCAGUAGAGCUUCAAUCUGUCACCAAGAAAAUGACGGUAUCAUCUGCCACACGUCCAUCGUGUUAUGUGACUUUAAAUGAAGAUACCUGCAGAAAUCAACCUUUUAACGACAGUAGUUGCGGCGAUGUUGUGUGGCAAGGGAAAGCUGAAUUUAAUUUUUCCGGAACGGGUUUAAGAUCUAUGUCUGUGUCCAGUUCUUCUUUUAAUUUGACACACAGUUCACUGCUAGUUUUUUCUGGUCCUGUGGAUGCUUCACUAAGCGGAGAUUGCUGUACCCAAUCCGUUGUUAUCAGUGCUAUUGAUGCUGAUGGCUUCAUCUCUCAGUGUAAAUUUACCUUGUCUUCCGAGGUCUCGUCUGACAACAUCGUAAUGGAUUCCAUAAAUCCCAUAAUGCAGGAGAGUUCUUUACCGAGUUCCCAGGAUUUGGCCAUCAUUGGCGGAACAGUUGGGGGCGCAAUAGCUGGAAUAGUCAUCGCCUCUGUGGCUGUAUUUCUGAAACUUCAGCACAUAUCUAAUUCAAAGACAUACUAGGUCGAUGACAUAAGUCAUUCAUU